GCACCCUUUGCUUCCAUGGACAACCCUUUUACUGCCGUGAGGUACCACAACUUGGUCAUUGAGCAAGAAACCUUCCCACAUGAUGCUUUGGAGGCUACUGCAUGGACUGAAGAUGGACUUAUCAUGGCUGCUCGCCACAAGAAGUACAAACACAUCCAGGGUGUCCAAUUCCACCCGGAGAGCAUCAUCACCCCUGAAGGCAAGAAAAUCGUCCUCAACUUCGUCAGAUUCAUUGAGGAACUGGAGAAGCAGCGUUCAUAGGGGAGGUAGACGCGA